AUGUCUUCCAAUAUCUUAUCCGUCUUCAAUCCACCGCCCUCGCGUGAUCUCACACCAGAAGAGUCCAAGGAUUGUCUUCCGUGCCAGAUCCUAGGUGGUUGCGGGGCCCUUAUCGGCGGCACUUACUUGGCCACUGGGCUUGUGUUCAGAGGCGAAAAGCCUGGGAUCAACAGCGCGAACUACAAAAUGUGUGUCAGAGGUUUGGUCAUGUUGUUAACUAGAUCGUCUCAAGUGGCCAUUGUCUCCACUUUACUUGCCGCCCAGCAGAUCAACGCUCUUGUGUUGCCAAACUUGGGUGAGGCUGCCGCCGAAGUCUUCAGAGUGGAACCAGCCGCUCUCAACUCCAUUGACGAGGUUGCCAACAUAAUCGAAUCCUCCUUCAAUGCUGCGUCCAACAAGAUUGCUUCCAAGUUGAACAUCGAGUUGUUUGCCGAGAACCAGGAAUCCAAGUUCGCCCCUGUGUUCCAGAGCCAGAACCAGGAAGAUAUCAUCAAGGACAAGUACAUCAUCGUCUUCAAGUCUGAUGUUGGUGCUGACGUCAUCGAUUUCCACCAGAACUGGGUUGCCGAGGUCCACUCCUCUCACGUGGGCAAGUUGCACCACAAGAGAAACGGCAGACAGCACCCAUUCUUGAACAAUUUGAAGCAACAGUCGAUCGCCGGCAACGGCGGCUUGUCCGAUGUCUUCCACAUCGAAAACGCUGUCAGCGGCUACAUGGGCCACUUCUUGCCACAAACCAUUGAAAUGAUCCGUCGCCACCCAGCAGUGGCCUUUGUUGAAAAGGACUCUUACGUCAAGGCUAUUAACUACGACACUCAGGCUGACUCACCAUGGGGCUUGGCCAGAAUCUCCCACCGCGAGCCAUUGAGCUUGGGCUCUUUCAACAAGUAUAUCUACGACACUGAUGGUGGUGAGGGUGUCACCUCCUACAUCAUUGAUACCGGUAUCAACGUUAACCACGAGGACUUUGAGGGCCGUGCCAAGUGGGGUGCGACCAUCCCUCAGGGUGAUGCCGACGUAGAUGGCAACGGCCACGGUUCUCACUGUGCUGGUACUAUCGGUUCCAAGCACUACGGUGUGGCCAAGAAGGCUUCUUUGGUUGCCGUCAAGGUGUUGCGUUCCAACGGUUCUGGUUCCAUGUCUGACGUCGUCAAGGGUGUUGAGUACGCUGCCAACGCCCACUUGAAGGCCGUCAAGGAAAACAAGAAGGGUUUCAAGGGCUCUACCGCCAACAUGUCUCUUGGUGGUGGUAAGUCUCCGGCCUUGGACUUGGCUGUUAACGCUGCUGUUAAGGCCGGCAUCCACUUCUCUGUUGCUGCUGGUAACGACAACGCCGAUGCGUGUAACUACUCCCCAGCGGCUGCUGAGAACGCCAUUACCGUCGGUGCUUCCACCAUUGGUGACUACCGUGCAUACUUCUCCAACUACGGUAAGUGUGUUGAUAUCUUUGCUCCUGGGUUGAACAUCUUGUCCACCUACAUUGGUUCCAACCUGGCCACGGCCACCUUGUCCGGUACCUCCAUGGCUGCGCCUCAUGUUGCUGGUUUGUUGAGUUACUUCUUGUCUUUGCAGCCUGGCGCCGACUCUGAGUUUUUCGAAGCCUCAUCCGGUGUUACUCCGGCCCAGUUGAAGAAGAAUGUCAUUGCCUUUGGCUCCAAGAACGUCUUGGAUGACAUUCCAAACGAUGGAACUCCAAACAUCUUGAUUUACAACGGUGGUAACAAGAACCUUACUGAAUUCUGGGGUACCACUACCCCAUCCACCGCCGACGUGAAGGCUGUCGACUUGAAGGACUUGGAAACCAAGAUUGACAGUUUGGUUGAGUCUGCCAAGGAUGAAUCUGAGCACUUGCUCGCUGAGAUUAAAAAAAUGGUCUCGAGUGCAUUUGCCAAGUAUUAG